AUGCCUCUGCCCAUUCGCAAAUCGGCAGCCACGCAGUGGCACAUGGAAUAAUCACUUUGGCAUUUGAAAAGGUCGCCAUUGAUUUCUCUCUGGUGUUUGGCAACGCGUAAGUAAACAACGAUUGGCAACGCUGAACCAUAUACACUGCACUAAAAUUAAAUCCGAUCAGCUGAUAACAAAUGAGUUUUAUUUUUAAAUUUAUUGCCACUUUUGUACGCAAAAUGCUGGAGCUGUUGCAAUUUGGAGGGAAAACCCUUACGCACACGCUGAGUAUUUAUGUAAAAACGAACACAGGCAAAACGCUGACCGUUAAUCUGGAGCCCCAGUGGGAUAUUAAGAACGUAAAGGAACUGGUGGCCCCACAACUGGGACUUCAGCCGGAUGAUCUAAAGAUCAUAUUUGCCGGUAAGGAACUAAGCGAUGCCACGACUAUAGAGCAAUGUGACUUGGGACAGCAAAGCGUUUUGCAUGCCAUUCGUUUGCGACCGCCCGUGCAGCGCCAGAAAAUCCAGUCGGCCACUUUGGAGGAGGAGGAACCUUCGCUGAGUGAAGAAGCCUCCAAGCCUCUAAAUGAAACUCUGUUGGACUUGCAGCUGGAAAGCGAGGAGCGUCUGAAUAUAACCGAUGAAGAAAGAGUCCGUGCCAAAGCGCAUUUCUUUGUGCAUUGCAGCCAAUGCGAAAAGCUGUGUAAUGGCAAACUUCGGGUGCGCUGCACUCUAUGCAAGGGCGGCGCCUUUACUGUCCAUCGUGAUCCGGAGUGUUGGGAUGAUGUCUUGAAGUCGCGUAGAAUUCCCGGUCAUUGCGAAAGUCUGGAGGUGGCCUGCGUGGACAACGCUGCUGGCGAUCCGCCCUUCGCUGAAUUCUUCUUCAAGUGUGCUGAGCAUGUCUCCGGCGGGGAGAAAGAUUUUGCAGCUCCCUUGAACCUAAUCAAGAAUAACAUCAAGAAUGUGCCUUGCCUGGCCUGCACGGAUGUGAGUGAUACCGUUUUGGUUUUCCCCUGCGCAUCGCAGCACGUCACCUGCAUCGACUGCUUCCGCCAUUAUUGCCGUUCCCGUUUGGGCGAGCGUCAGUUUAUGCCGCAUCCGGACUUUGGCUACACCUUGCCCUGUCCCGCAGGCUGCGAGCACUCGUUCAUCGAGGAGAUUCAUCACUUCAAGCUGCUGACACGCGACGAGUACGAUCGGUACCAGAGAUUCGCCACCGAGGAAUAUGUCCUUCAGGCAGGUGGAGUACUCUGCCCCCAGCCAGGCUGCGGCAUGGGCCUUUUGGUGGAGCCCGAUUGUCGCAAGGUGACCUGUCAGAACGGCUGUGGCUACGUGUUCUGCCGCAAUUGUUUGCAGGGCUACCAUAUCGGGGAGUGUCUGCCCGAGGGAACGGGCGCCAGUGCCACAAACUCCUGCGAGUACACCGUGGACCCCAAUCGAGCUGCCGAGGCGCGAUGGGAUGAGGCCAGCAAUGUCACCAUCAAAGUCAGCACCAAGCCCUGUCCAAAAUGCAGAACCCCCACGGAGCGAGAUGGCGGCUGCAUGCACAUGGUCUGCACACGCGCUGGCUGCGGAUUCGAGUGGUGCUGGGUCUGCCAGACUGAGUGGACACGUGACUGCAUGGGAGCCCACUGGUUCGGCUAGUCCUUCGUCAUUCUUGUACGUCGGCCCGACGGGUCCUUUUUGUUUGUUGACUACUUUUAAAUUGUAUACCAUAGUAAAGACUUCUCGAGCAACACCCUGUUUGCCGUCUACGCAAUCAAUAGCAGAAACACCCCUGACAAGGACCAACGCGAAGCACAUCCUACCCCACUCUGUUCCUUCGUUGCGUGCGCACAAAAACUUUGUUUACGUUUUUUCCAAGCUCGCCCACAAAUAUUUUGGCCAGGCAUGCGAAAACCGCAACAAACACGUGCACUUGGCCAAAGAGCCAGAGAGCGAGUGGCGCGGAUGCGCAGUGGGUGGCCAGCGGCACAAGGCUCAUGUGAUUUCAACACAGACGCGUAGCCGCAAGGGGACUAAUAAUUGAUUAGGGGAUGGUGAAGGCAUUUCAAAAAUGUUCCAGGAUUUUCAAAACUACUAACUACUAUUUCUUGCGAAAAAGAGAAAACCCUCUUAUUUCAAGAAUGUACCAGUCAAACUGACCCCUUCCAAUGUGUCUUUCAUUUUUAAUUUUAAAUGUAAUAUAUAUAUAAGAAAAUUUCUAAGAAACUGAAACAUAAAUUUUGGCCAUGAAUACGUUAAAUUAAAUAUUAAAUAUUAAUUGGUAUGUGCCACCGCCCUAGGACACAUCUGUAAGUCAAUAGAUUUUAAACAAUCAUAAAUAAGACACCUGCAUCCCCCUUGAA